AUGUCAGGAUUCCAGCUGGAGAGGGGAACACAGAGGAAGAGAUUAUGGCUGCUGUGGUUUUUUUCAGUUGGACCACUGGAUCCCGUGACGUUUAAAGAUGUGGCUAUAGACUUCACGUUAGAAGAGUGGAGGUUGAUGGACCCUUCACAGAGGAAACUACACAAGGAUGUGAUGCUAGAGAAUUAUAGGAAUCUUGUCUCCCUGGGGCUUGCAGUUUCCAAACCAGAAAUGAUAUCUCAUUUGGAGGCUGGAAAAGGACCAUGGGUGGUAGUGAGAGAAAUUGCAAGAACCCCCUACCCAGAGUUGGAGACCAAACCUGCAAUCAAGAAUGCUGUAUCAACAGAGGAUAUUUCUGAAGAUGUAUCACAAGAGACCGUAAUAGAUAAACUCACAGAGAAUGGUCUAUGGAACUCCAGAAUGGGAGGAUUAUGGAAACGGAAUGAAAGGAUAUUUAGAUUGCAAAAUAGUCAGGAAAAUUAUUUGAAUCAAAAAAUAGUUACUCACAAGAAAAUUCCCUCUGGUCAAAGAAGAUAAUUUGGAUCUUUUCUUUUUCCUGAAGCAGGCAUUAUCACAGAAGAACCCCACAGCAAAUGCCAAACACAUGAGAAUUUCACUGGGAAUUUAGAUUUGAUUACAGAUACCCAUCUGGAGAAAAAACUUUACAAGGAUACAGAAGGCAGUAAAGCCAUAAGGCCUACUUCAGAACUUACCUUGGGGCAAAAAUACAAUAAUAAAGAAAAGCCCUAUAAAUGUAGUACAUGUGAAAAGUCCUUUCAUUGUAGGUCAUUACUCAUUCAACAUCAGAGAACUCACACUAAAGAAAAACCUUACGAAUGUAAUGAAUGUGGGAAAAUGUUUAGCCAGCCUUCAUAUCUCAGUCAACAUAAAAAAAUUCACACAGGAGAAAAACCCUAUAAAUGUAAUGAAUGUGGGAAAGCAUUCAUUAAGUAUUCAUACCUUACUGUACACCACAGAAUGCAUACAGGAGAGAAACCUUAUAAAUGUAAUGAAUGUGGAAAGGCCUUCAUGCGUUCUUCAUCCCUAAUUGUACAUCAGAGGAUUCAUACUAGAGAGAAACCAUAUAAAUGCACUGACUGUGAGAGGGCAUUUGCCAAAGUGGUAAAUCUCAAAGAGCAUCAGAAAAUUCAUACUGGGGUGAAACCUUAUAAAUGCUGUGAUUGUGAAAAAUCGUUCAGGACUAAGUCAUAUCUUAUUGUACAUCAAAGGACCCAUACUGGAGAAAAACCAUAUAAGUGUAAUGAAUGUGAGAAAGCUUUCACUAAUACAUCACAACUUACUGUACAUCAGAAAAUCCAUAGCAGAGAGAAACCCUAUAAAUGUGAUGUCUGUGGAAAAGCCUUUAGGAGUAGUUAAUACCUUACAGUGCAUAGGCUAACACAUACUGGAGAAAAACCCUAUACAUGUAAGAAAUGUGGAAAAGGUUGUAUCACUCCAUGGCGGCUAACUUGCCACCAGAGAAUUUAUACUGGGGAAAGGCCCUAUAAAUGUGAAGAAUGUGGAAAGGCCUUCAGAACCAACUCAGACCUUAUUGUACAUCUGAGGGUGCAUACUGGAGAAAAACCCUAUAAAUGUAAUGAAUGUGGGAAAGCCUUCAGAACCAACUCAGACCUUACUGUACAUCUGAAGAAGCAUACUUGAGAAAAACCCUAUAAAUGUAAUGAGUGUGGGAAGGUUUUCAGAAGGAACUCAGGCUUUAAGACCCAUCAAAGAAUACAUACUGGAGAGGAACCAUUUAAGUGUAAUGACUGUGGGAAAGCAUUUAGCCACUUGGUACAUUUCACAGGACAUCAGAAAACCCAUAGCAGAGAGAAACCCUAUAAAUGUGAUGUCUGUGGAAAAGCCUUUAGGAGAGGUUCUUACCUUACAGUGCAUUGGCGAACACAUACUGGAGAAAAACCCUAUACAUGUAAGAAAUGUGGAAAAGGUUGUAUCACUCUAUCACUGCUAACUCGCCAUCAGAGAAUUCAUACUGGGGAAAGGCCCUAUAAAUGUGAAGAAUGUGGAAAAGCCUUCAGAAGCAACUCAGACCUUACUAUUCAUCUGAGGGUACAUACUGGAGAAAAACCCUAUAAAUGUAAUGAGUGUGGCAAAGUUUUCAGAAAUAAAUCAGGCUUUAAUAAGCACCAAAGAACACAUACUGGAGUGAAACCAUUUAAGUGUAACGACUGUGGAAAGCAUUUAGCCACAUGGUACAUGUCACAGAACAUCAGAAAAUCCAUAGCGGGGAGAAACCCUAUAAAUGUGAUGUCUGUGGAAAAGCCUUUAGGAGUAGUUCAUACCUUACAGUGCAUAAGCGAACACAUACUGGAGAAAAACCCUAUACAUGUAAGGAAUGUGGAAAAGGUUAUAUCACUCUAUUGCUGCUAACUCUCCAUCAGAGAAUUCAUACUGGGGAAAGCCCCUAUAAAUGUGAGGAGUGUGGAAAAGCCUUCAGAAGCAACUCAGAACUUACUGUUCAUCUGAGGAGACAUACUGGAGAAAAAUCCUAUAAAUGUAAUGAGUGUGGGAAGGUUUUCAGAAAUAAGACAGGCUUUAAUAACCAUCAAAGAACACAUGCUGGAAAGAAACCAUUUAAGUGUAAUGACUGUGGGAAAGCAUAUAGCCACAUGGUACAUGUCAAAGAACAUCAGAAAACCCAUAGCAGAGAGAAACCCUAUAAAUGUGAUGUCUGUGGAAAAGCCUUUAGGAGUAGUUCAUACCUUACAGUGCAUAGGCUAACACAUACUGGAGAAAAACCCUAUACAUGUAAGG